UCAUUAAAGGUUUAUCCAAUAUGAUUAAAGAGUUUUUAUAUUUAACCUUAAUUCUGCAUGUAAAUGCAGAAUAUCAUUUUGAGUACAACCCUUCCAUAGACGGUGCUGACAUCCUAAUUGCUAAAGAUAACCGUAAGAAUGAUAUUUUAUUAAGCGGCACCAUAAAAAUAUCUAAUGGAGAUACUGAUGAUAUUUCUUUAAAAGUGGCCAAGUCCUCAAACACUUUAAACUUGUGUUUUGAAUCUAGUAAAACUGGUGGUGUAAUUACAUCAUGUUUUGAUCUUAACAGGACCAACACCCAUUGGUUUGGUGGCCCAGAAAGAAAAGAGCAAGUCUGGCCUCUGGAAGAAAUGGUUAUUCAAAAUAAACCAUGGACUUUAUCAUAUUUGGAUAAUUUUGCCGUUAUUGAACCAUACUGGUUGAAUUCCAAAGGUGUUUUCAUCCAUAUAGAAGAAGGCACUCCUCUUUGGAUAGAUCAAAAUAACCACGUCGAAAACCAUGUUUGUUUUAUCGCUAAUGUAUCGGGACCAUAUGUAGGAAGAGACAGGACCAGCCUUAACCUCAACAUAGGCUUCUUUGCUACUCCUAAAGAAGCCCAUUUAUACGCAGUUAAUUACAUUCUGGGCAAACCCAAAGGUCACCCCAACGAGAAAAUGAUCAGGGAACCCAUUUGGACAACGUGGGCAAAAUACAAGAAGAACAUCAGCGAUGAUAUCGUUCUUUCCUUUGCUGAUGAUAUAGUUGCCCAUGGAUACGCUGGGCAGUUGGAAAUUGAUGAUGCUUGGGAGAAAUGUUAUGGUGCACAGGAGUUUAGUACUAUUACCUUCCCAAAUAUAACUCAAACUGUUAGAAGUCUCCACGAGAAGAAUUUCAGGGUGACACUGUGGGUGCAUCCUUUUGUUGAUAAAAAUUGUAACCCAAAUGAACAGGAGGGUUUAAAGAAAGGCUAUUUCGUUGAAAACGACCAGGGAAGCGACCAUGCCUAUUGGUGGGAUAGCGACGAUUCACACCAAAUUGAUUUUACCAAACCAGAGGCUCAAGACUGGUACGUGAAUCGUUUGGAAAAGUUGAGGAAAAAUCAUGGUAUUGAUAGUUUUAAAUUUGAUGCUGGAGAAACUGAUUAUGUCGACCAACCUGCAGUAUACAAAAACGUUAAUAUAGAUUCAGCACCAAACAUUCUUUCAAAAAAAUACAUCGAAACUUGUUCAAGACUAGGAGAUUUAAUAGAAGUGAGGUCUUCGUGGAAGACUCAAUAUUUACCAAUAUUCGUGAGAAUGUUGGAUAAAGACUCAAACUGGGGAUUUGACAAUGGUUUAAAAACUUUGAUAACCACCUUGCUGCAAAUGAAUUUAAAUGGAUAUGUUAUGCAAGUACAAUUUUUUCUUUUAAACAAGUUUAAUAAUUAUAUUUUCAGGGUUUUGCCCGACAUGAUUGGUGGAAACGGAUACAACGGACCACCAGACGCUGAACUUUUGGUUCGGUGGUCACAGGCUAACGUUUUUAUGCCUUCAAUGCAGUUCAGUUAUUUGCCAUGGGAAAUAACCAGCCAAAAAUUUAACGCUGAAGAAAUAGUCAGAAAGACCAUUGAUCUACAUGCCAAAUAUUCAUAUGAAAUAAUCAAUGCUAUGGAUAGAGCUAUUCAAACUGGCACCCCUGUAAAUCCCCCCAUUUGGUGGGUGGACCCAAUGAACAAAGAGGCACACAAAAUAAAUGAUGAAUUUUUGUUGGGUGAAUCUAUUUUGGUGGCUCCAGUGGUGGAACCGAAUGCCUCGUCCAGAGAUGUUUAUUUACCAUCUGGUUUAUGGCAAGAUGGAAAUACUGAUACAAUUUAUAAUGGUCCCAUUUGGAUUAGAAAUUACAGUGCCCCAAUUGAUGUUUUGCCAUAUUUUAUCAAUCAAUUAUAUUUAAAACAAUAAAGGUUUUAAUUUUAUAUA